AAGCAUUCAAGUUCAACAAGUUUAACUCAACUUCUACUCCCAUCCCCAGUGUUCCAUCACUGACUUCCAUUCAUGUAACAGGCAAAAGCGGAUGAAAGAGGCACAAUGUUCUCAAAAUCUAAACGAUUUGACGAUAAAGUUAAUGCUAUUCCUGCAGUUGGUCAAUAUGACAUAUCAAAAGGACUAACAACUCAAGCUAAAGCUGCUCUUUUUCCAAAAGACAAACGUUUCAAAGAUACUGAGAUUGUAAAGAGGGAUGAAAGGAAUGCACUGGAUACAAGCAGUUGCAGCUCAACAAAUUUCAAAAUUACAGGAUUUACAAACGAUGUGGUUUUCCUUACACCAAGAAAGCCAUGUGGCUUGGCCAAGACAAAAAUUGAACCUGAUCAGAUCGCUUCUGAUGAAAUGAAGAAGUUGUCUUUAAGAAUACGUGAAUUAGAAGAAGAACUGACGAAAUUACGAGAUGAAAAUGAAACGCUACGUUCGAUUAACGUCAUGAAAAACCUCAAUGAAAACGACAAAAACGAAAUGAAUUCGAACUUGGCUGGGUUGAAAAAUCAAGUGGAAAAAUUGCAAAAGGAAGUUGAAAAUGAAUUAAGAAAAAAUAAGGAUUUAGUUAACGAAAGAAUCAACUAUGAAUGGUCAUUGAAAACAAUUCAGACUGAUCUCGAUGCCUCGAAGACCCAACUUCAAGCUAUGCGUGAGCAAAUGAACACCUUAGAAAAAAUGAAUUCAGAAAUGACAGAAAACCGCGAUGACCUUGAAAACCAAUGUUCUAAACUUCACAAUAUGAAUCUUGGUUUACAAAAAGAGAAAUUGGAGUGUCAUCAUCGGAUGAAUGAAAUUGAAGUCGAACUUGCGCAAGUAACCAUAGAAAAAGACGAGCUCCUCUUGAUGGAUGGACAGCGUCAGUUGGAAAUUGAAAAGUUGAAUAAGUGUAUGGAUGAAAAAACACUAAGUGUUAAAACGUUAUCAGAAGAAAAAAGAUUGCUUGAGACAUCUAUAAACUCAUAUAAAGCUGAAAAGCAGGAGAUUGACAACUCUUUGAAAAAACAAUUGGAAACAAUCAACAAUCUCAAGUGUGAAAAAGAAUCGUUGAUUUUAUCCUUAAACAAUGUGAAACUUGAAUGUGAGCAAGAGGUAAUUCGUUUAAAGGACUUAGUGGCAAGAAAAUCAAACGAAUACUUUGAAAUUCAAAAGCAUUGUGAAGAGUUAUCUAAGCAAAUUGUUCAAGUCCAGCAUGAUAAACUCUCAGAAAUGGAAACGUUGACAAGAGAACUGGAGGAAAGCAAAUCACAAUUAGUAGUAAGUGAAAGGGAAUGCAAACAGUUAAGUGACAACAUGAAAGAUAUCAAACAAGAACAAGAUGAUUUAUCCAAUGUCCGCCUUAAACUAGAACAGGAGUUAGAGAUAAUUAAUGAUGAAAAAAAUACACUUCUCCGACAGCUUUCUUAUUCACAGGAAGAAAAUGACCUUUUUCGGAAGAAAGAGAAGGAACAAUCAUUGGCUUUAAAAAUUCUCAAAGAAAACUUUGAAGAUUUACAAAACAAUUAUAAAAUGGCCAUUAAUAGCAGAUCCGAAUUGGAAAUAAUAGAAAAACAACUGGUAAAUUUACAAUUACAAAAUAGUUCGCUUGCUGCUGCGGAAGAAAAGGCUUCAAAAUUAAAACAAGAAUUUGGAAGGCGUCUAAUAGAUGCACAGAAAACCAUAACCGUCAAAGAGUUGGAGCUGGAGAAAUGCAAAAACGAACUUGAGAAAUUUCAUGUCGAGUAUGAGAAUGAUGAAAGUUGGAAAAGAAAAUUUCAAGAGUUAGAGGAGAAAAUUGCUCCAUUUCAGGAGCAACUUGACAUGUAUGAACUAGAAAAACAAGCUUUGCUAAACAGCAAUACAAAAUCGCAGAGCGAGAUGGAAAAGUUGGGACAGGAGUAUGCUAGAUUGUUAGGUCAUCAAAACCAAAAGCAGAAGGUUCGCCAUGUUGUAAAAUUAAAAGAAGAAAACAUGAUUUUGAGAAAGGACUUGGAAAAACUGCAAGUCCAAGCUGAUAAGGAAAAAUUACUUAGAAAGAGACUAGAAGACAAGCUUUCUAAAGCGACAGGAGCUAAAAGGUUUGAUCCAUCACUUGCAUUUAAACGCACUCCUCUUCAAGAAAAAGAAAACAACCAGACAAAGAAGCAUGUAGAAUAAAAUAAAUUUACUUACAGUUAUGAACAUGUACAAGUAGGUUUAUUAUAUAUUUAUCGCGUAUUAAAAGCAGCUAACUCAUUAAGAAUUUUUAUUUAAAAGAAAGGAUUAUUCAUGAGUGGUAUGAACAGCCCUCAGUUUUUAA